GGGAACUUGAGUGCCGUUUGGUUUCGAAAUUCAGUGGCUGACUCGCAAUGGUUCGAGCAAGCUGCGUCCUGGCAAGCUGCGCGCUGGUGGGGCUCCUUCUGGCGGUGCCGGCGGCGUCCUACCCCAGGUAUCAAAACAACUACUACCGCAACGACGGCCCCUACAACCCUGAGGAGAUCAUGGACAUGCUGAACCGUCUCGGGAACCUCAUCCAGAUGGAACGCAAGAUGGAGAACUUUAAAGACGACAUUACUAGUUAUAAAGAUGACAUUACUAGCGAGAAGCGCGCCAUAGACCUAGGCCUGAGCCGCGGCUACUCCGGGGCAAUGCAGGCCAAACACCUUCUCGGCCUGGCCGCGGCCAACUACGAGGGCGGGCCGGGCCGGAGGCGGCGCGACGCGCACUAGAGGCCAGACGACACAGCUCCGGCCAUAAAGUGGCCGGAGGGGCCUAGAGGCCUGAAGACCUUGUGUGACGCGCUUUUGUUUCUCUUUUUCUUCAGUCAUUCCCUCAGGAUCGUGACGUCAUGUCAUUUUAUUGAAGACUAGGUCCCUAGAACGCUUUUGUUUAUGUAUUUCACAAUUUAUAAGUAGGUAUUGUACUACUGAGACAAUCGGAUAAUUAAGAGUCGACAUGUUACAUCCAUGAUGCAGUUUUACCUCGGUAAUUAGGUAUCUUUACUUACAUAUGUAAUGCGAAAAGCUUUUCCUUUAGUAUUUUUAAGGAAACGUUGUCAUGCUAUUUCAGUCAGUCUCAGUAGUCAUAAAUAUUCUGCACCUUGUCGCUUUUAACUUCGUAUGACAUUUCAAACAAGAUGUUAAUGUGACAAGGUACAGGAAUCAUCAUUUAUUUAUGCCGGUAACUGUACCUACAAGACGUUACUGACACUGUCUGAACUGGCAAUACUAGUAUGACAAAUUAUACGAACGUUUCCAGAAAACUACGAAGGAAAAUCUUUUCGCAAGUACAUCUGUACUGUUGCACAGUGUUGCUUCACUAUUGCUUCACAAAAUUUAACAGUAACAUAGUUACCUAAAAGUAAAAAUAUGUCGAACUAUGAAGUCAUUGCAUCAUUUCCAUACAAUUAUUCGAUUGACGUUUUCUAUUAUUGGCACAUGUUAUGAUAAAAUCAUAAAAAUGUUCUCGUCGUGAUUCAUUUAGGAAAGUGUAAUCUAGUCAAAUUACUUUUAAUAAAGGUUUGUUUUACCGUUUAUUUUAUCUAAUUUAUAAUGAUUAGGUAAGAUUCCCAUUGUUUUGUGUAGAUUCAAUCACGUCUAUUUAAGUUUAUAUUGAUUGUAAGUUCCUAGUGUUUUGGGCGUCAUAAGAACAGUACCAAAUGUCAUGUUACCACUUUUUAUGGCAUCCAUAACAAACAUUUUAUAACUAUUUUUUCUAGGGUUGUCACAUGAGGUCUUAAAUCUAUAUCCGAAAUCGAAAUUCCUAUCUAAACAGUAUAUAUCCUUGGCCUUUCAAUAACUUUUCACUGUAAAAUGGCUGGUAAAACAUUGAAAAUCAUCUUUGUAGAUAUCACUGUCUUUAGCAUCGUUGAUAUCCUAUAAAAUAUUUAUAUUAAUACGAAAAUAUGACGCAAUAAAUGCACAAAGCUUUGUAUGUUAGAGUAACCAACGUGCAUAAAAUAAACAUCUAUUGGUCUUUAUAAAUAAACCUUUGCAAUUGUUUCAUACAUUUUUGUUUCUAGAAUCGAUCUUCAUUUGUUAUUAGAAUCACAUGUAGAUUUUAACUAAGAAUACCUUUCUUGUAAAGAUUACAUGAAAGAAUUCAAGAAUGUUAUUGUUUAAGUAAUUGCUGGGAAUAAAGAAUAUUGGAAACAUGAAAUAUGAUACCAAUUUUAUAAAAAUAAAUUUAUUUUUUAUCACUGAGGUGAUUAUGACUUAGAAUGGUGGAAGUAUUAUAAAUAUUAUAAUCAACAUCAUAGAAAAUCGAUCUAAAUAAUUCUUCCAUUUUUUUAUGGUCUCACUUAGUAUUUGCCAACACAACAUUAGUAUUUGAAGAUAAAAUAUGUACCUACCUACUUAUCAUACCUAGUUUAUGUUAAUAACAACUGCAUCGAGAGUUUAUUAUAUAAGAAUUAUAAUUUAAUUAAAAAGAUAACAGUAUUAAACAUUCUAGUCAUUGAAUUUACCUGCAAGUUUGUUUUAAUUAAAAAUAAAUGCCUAUAAUUAAGUAAGAAAAUAAAACUAUAUGAACUUACCCAUUUUUUUACAUACCUACCUACAUACCAUAAUGUAAAAUGUAAUUCUAUCUUUCUGAAUGUACGUGGCAAAUUAUUUACAUAGUAAAUAGUUAGAUAGAUAAAUAAAAUAAGUGAUAAAAUACCUCCUGUCUAGAGUUUAUUGUUAAAAAUAAAGAGAUAUUCAUAUUAACGUUGCUGUGUUUGCAUUAUUCUUUGACAAAUUAUACGCAAUAUUAAAAUAUUAAGCUAUACAUUA